AUGGCUUCACUUCGAAUUAUUCUUAAUGUGGCGAGAACUAAAUUAUUCAAUGUUAAUGGCACAGGUGUCAUCAGAAUAAAGCAAACCACAAGAAAUUUGAUAUUAUCAAGAUCAAUUAUUACAUCUACAGUUUUCAAAUUCCCGAACGUUGCAUUAGUUAAAUCAAUUAACUCCUCACUUUCUCGUAAUGUAUCUACUGAAAACGUCGAUAAAACUAUAAAUGAUAACAAUACGAAACUUGGUUUUCGUAGACGUCCAAACACCCCAGAAAUUGCCGAAAUAGUUAUAUACAAUCGUAUUAAAUGGAUGAGGGAUAAUUUAUACGAUCAUGGUUGUGGGAUGCUUAGAUAUUCUUCCGUAUUUGAAGGAAUGAGGUGGCAAGAUAUUAUACAAUUGUCCCGUUACGAAUUAACAAUAAUGGGUGUAAAAGAUAUAGAGUCUGCAUGGAGAUUGGGUUCAUGUUUUUGGAUUAUUAGAUGUGAUCUUGCACUCAAAGAAGGAAAAAAGUUACCAUAUAGAGGCGGUAAAGAUAGAGUUGAUGUUGAUUUGAAGUCACUAGAUGCGUUCAAGGAUAAGAACUGGCGAGAAAUUAUUGAUAUGGACUAUAAGGAUUUAAAAACUUUGGGUAUUGAAUCUGUCAAUGACAGAAUAAAACUGAUUAAGAAUUUUUGGGCUAUUAGACGUAAACUCUAUCAUAUUGAAAGAAUCGAAAAAUGUGCUAUGAUACUUGACAAUAAGACUGGAUAA